CAAGCAUAUGAACUACAUAUUAUAAUAUUUACUACGUUCACGUAGCGUCUGUUCGGAAAAGCUUCGCAACUAAGGACAUCAGAUAAUAUGGCCACCAGGAGAGCAAGAAGAUAUAUGAUGUGUGUGACAGCGGUAACAACAUGCAUCGUCGUAUUCAGCUACAAUGUUGUAACUGUACCAACAGCCAUUACCAGCACACUGCAAUCUUUCCUCGGUUCACAGACACGGUGUUCAAAAGUACCAGUAACCAACAGCAGCACCCUGCCAUCUUUCCCUGGUCCACAGCCACGGGGUGCAAAAGUACCAGCAACCACCAGCAAUAUCCUGCCAUGGCCUCUUGGCACACAGAUACCAGAAACUGCCCGCAGCAUGCUCGACACAAAUGAAAUAAGGAGGAAAAUAAAACUUUUUGAUGUCAUGAUAACUAGAAGAGAGAAACGCUGUUUUGAAAUCCUACUCAAAACGUUUAUGAAAGCCGUAGCAUCUAAAGUUACAUAUUUUUUGUAUUCCGGUUCCCUGCUUGGUUCUUAUCGUCAUCACGGCAUGAUUCCUUGGGAUGACGACCUUGACCUUGUGGUGCGAGCUAAGGAUACACAACGAUUGGUCACCUCACUGUCCAAACUAGCACCACAUUUUAUUCUCAAUCAACAAGGUGGUCGCAGAUGGAAGUUUUAUCAUCGUAGAUCUUACAAUAUACCUAAUUAUUCGUGGAAAUGGCCGUUUAUAGACAUUAGCUUUUAUAAAGAAAAUAGGACUCACAUUCGUGAUUAUGAUCGAAGUUUUCCUCGUUUUGUGUUUAAACGGACUGACGUAUUUCCUCUCGGCAAGCGACCUUUCAUGGGCCUCCUUCUGCCCACGCCGAGAAAUACAAAAAGCGUCAUACUCCAAACCUAUAGUAUCAGUGUCUGUCAGAAUUUGCACUAUGAUCACAGAUGGGAGCGAUCUAUCCAUGCUAGCAAACAGGCAACUCUGCAGUGUGACCUGUUGAAGGCCAUCCAUCCAUUCGUUCGGCGGGAAUACAGGUCUAAUGGUACCAUGGAGAUUCUCGAGAGGCAUAAUACACGCAUUGGAGAGUUCUUCCUCUAUGACAGGGAUCAAAGUAGUAAAGUCUAUAACUAGAAAUAUGGUGAGGACUCAGCCAUACUACUGUUCGAAGGUAGAUUCCUCAUAAACCUUCAUUAAUUACUUAUGUGAAGGCAAAUUACAUUUGUUUCUAUUCAUGAAUCCUUUAUCUUGCGUUCUCAACAUGUUAUAAACAUGAAUAUGAUACGUUAUGAAACGGUAUAACAUGUAUAUAAACGGAUUGCUAUUUCAUAAACACCUCCAGCUAUAUAUUGACUUUUAAAUGUUUUGUAGUUCAAAUACAAAAUAUGUUCUAAAAACUGUUGUACAGUGUAUUAAAGAUAACGUUGGUUUUAUCUUUAUGAUUCUCUACAAGAGUCUGGCAAAAUACAAAAGCUUUGGACUUUAUUCGAAUAGCAGGUGCCAGAUGUUGAAUAUAAUUUUGUUACAAGAUGUGCA